GAUCUAGCAUCUAUUAAUAUCUGGCUGCUACUUCAUAAACGCUAGACAGACCCCAUUCCCCUCUUCGAUUUGAAUUUGGAUCAUACCCGCUCUCUCUGUCAGUCCCACGCCGGUAUUCUACCUACUCUAGCAUUUGCUUAAUCCCAAACCUGUUUCCCGUAUCGACGAUUGUGUCAACAGACGCGAGACACCCCUUGAUAGUCCAACAGCAGAGACAGCAGCCAUGGCGCAAAAACCAGACGCAAAGGUGCCGGAGCUGCUGGACCUGACCAUCGACAACAUCACGCCCAACACGAUCCGCAUCAACUCGCAGAGCUCCGACGCGCGGCUGACGUACCUCAUGGCGCGGCUCGUCACACACCUGCAUGACUUUGCUCGCGAGACGCGGCUGAGCACCGACGAGUGGAUGGCUGCCAUCAACUUUUUGAUCGGCUGCGGCAAGAUAUGCAGCGAUGUCCGGAAUGAAUUCAUCCUCCUCUCCGACGUUCUCGGCCUAUCGCUGCUGGUGGACAACAUCAACCACCCCAAACCGCCGCUGGGGACCGAGGGCUCCGUGCUGGGGCCCUUCCACACGCACGACGCGCCCGUGCUACCCAACGGGGCGAGCAUGACGUCGGACCCGGCGGGGGAGCCCAUGCUGGCCGUGUGCACGGUGCGCGACACGCAGGGAAGGCCCAUCCCGGGGGUCAAGGUCGACAUUUGGGAGACGGACAGCUCGGGCCACUACGAUGUGCAGCACGCCGACCGCGACGCGCCCAGCGAGCGUUGCGUCAUGGUCACCGACGACCAGGGCCGCUUCUGGUUUAGGGGCCUCAAGCCCGUCAGCUACCCCAUCCCCCACGACGGGCCCGUCGGCAAGCUGCUCCAGCUUUUGAACCGUCACUGCUGGCGCCCGGCACAUGUGCAUUUCAUGUUUGGCAAGGACGGGUGGGACCGGUUGAUCACGGCGCUGUAUCUCCGGGGUGAUCCGUAUGAAAAGUCUGACGCCGUGUUUGGCGUCAAGAAGAGCCUUGUGAUUGACCUCGACAAGGUGGACAAGGAGACGGCCAAGGAAUAUGGCGUCGAGGAGGGCAUCUGGCUGCUGAAGCACGACUUUGUGCUCACGACGCAGGAGGAGACCGAGAAGCUGAGGGACCAGUUGGCUAUCGAGGCUUUGGAAAAACUAGGCCUCAAGUUGAAGUUGGUGGAUCAUCUUCCAGUGCCUGAUCUAGAUUAAACAACAGGUCCCAAUAUGCUAUUCCUUCUGGUGCAAUGUGGUGGGCCUCGAUCUCUACUGCCUCCAACCGCGGCCAAUAAGGCUCCUGAUUCGAGCUGCCAGGGUGAUCUGUGUCAGGCUAAAACAAGAUCGGGCUGGUAGGAAAGUACAUCCUCGACACCGAAAGCCCCUAGUUUGAAGCGGAAGGCCUGGUUGCCCAAUCUGUGUUGCCCAGAUGACACUCGUGGUGGAUGGUAUCUGACUUUGGGGGUGUGGCGGCAGUCA